AUUAAAUUUCUGGGAUGACGUUUGGGGCAUGUUUAGAAGUGCAACGUAGAACGUUUCAGAUAGAAAUACAUUUUCUUUAACACCCACUGCGUUCUAUUCCAAUUGGCAUAGAAUAUGAUUUGUUCUGUACGGUGGAUAUCUUUGUGGGGCGUUUUGUAACGUCGCAACUUGCCUUAGGAAUGGAAUGUCGACUCUUCAGCCUCCGCCACAAAUUCGGAUUUCGGCUAGGGACAGAUUUGACAGACGCUGAGCAAGUGUAUACUUUAAAGUUUACUAUAAGAUUUGUUAUUAAUGUAAUGAUUUAAGCUUGAGUAGUUGUUUGCGCCAACUGUUUGUUUACCAGCACUAGUUGUUAAUAAAAGGGAGGAAUUCAAUUUAAGCGAAUACGGAGGUCCAUUUUGUUAUUUUUGCGAAUUCGAGCAGUUUUCCCUCUGAAGCGUUGUGUGUUCGCGAACAUAUAGCUUUAGCUGGCUUUGUUGCGUUGGCGAAAACACACGGUGAAAGAAGACCGAACAAAAGAAACCACGAAAAGACCUAGCGUUAUCCAUAACAUUUGUAGUUAUAUGCAUAUUAUAUUUAGCUAGCUAGUGUACUAGUUAAGUUACCUGAAAACUGACGUUAGCAACAGCGAUUAAUCAUUUUGAGCGACAGCCUUUGAAGAAUUAAGAAAGGACCAUUCAAAUGGUUGAGGUUUGUAUUUCAUCACCAACGAAAACGAGAUUCCAGCUGGUAGCUGCUAGGCUACUUCUGUCGAGUGAUAUACACCUGGACAAACAAGAGAUAUUGAUUAGCUAGCUAACGCCAGCUGCAUCACCAAUUUUGGGGACAAUAACUAGCGUUCGCUAGUGAUCUGGUCAACUCGUGCGAUUAUUGGCUAGCUUCGAGCUUGCAAAUACGGACAAAGAGGGGAACAACAAGCCAAUAUUUUUGUGGCUGCAUUUUUGAAUACUCAUCAUUCAUCGUAUUUGGGAAGGAAAACAAUAAACAAGGAAUUGACAUGAUGUUUCCACAAUCCAGACAUUCAGCUUCAUCGCAGCAGCUGAAAUUCACAACCUCCGAUUCGUGUGACCGAAUCAAGGACGAGUUCCAGUUCCUCCAAGCACAAUACCACAGUUUGAAGCUGGAGUGUGACAAGCUGGCCAGUGAGAAGUCUGAGAUGCAACGUCAUUAUAUCAUGUACUAUGAGAUGUCCUAUGGGCUGAACAUCGAAAUGCACAAGCAGGCUGAGAUUGUGAAGAGAUUGAACGGGAUCUGUGCCCAAGUCCUCCCCUAUCUGUCCCAGGAGCACCAGCAGCAGGUCCUGGGGGCCAUUGAGAGGGCCAAGCAGGUCACCCCUCCAGAGAUGAACUCCAUCAUCCGGCAGCAGCUCCAGGCUCACCAGCUGUCCCAGCUCCAGGGUCUGGCCCUGCCCAUGACCCCCAUGCCCCUGGGCCUGAGUCAGUCAACCCUGCCGGCCGUCACCUCCUCUUCAGGCCUCUUCUCCCUCUCCUCCAUCCUGGCCUCGCAGGCCCAGCUGGCAAAGGAGGAGAAGGCUUCUCGUGAGGGAGCUGACAGCCACCGUGAGGAGGACGGGGACAAGUCCGACUAAAGCUCCCUCCUGCCCUCCACCGCAUAUUAACUACCGCUGCAUCAGAGGGCUGUGGUCCUGUAUAUCUAUCUAUCCAUGCCAGUCCCUCUCCUCUACCCCAUCUCCCCCUUUUAGUCCUCCCACUUAGAAUUCUACGGCCUAUCUGAUGCAUUUGCCGUCAUUCCAACUGCUCCAAUUUGUGUACAGUAUAGAUUUUUUUUUACUAUCAUUUCUUUCAUGUAUAUAUCUUUUUAUUUUGUGUUUUAUUUUUGUGAUUUGAUCUUGACUUGUCUUUUUGCUCAUUUGUUUUUCCCUCAUUCUGCUCCCUUUAUGGCCCAGUGGUACAUGGAUCUGUGUUUUUACGCCACCCUGGCUGAGCGUCUCCUUCCUCUCUCUUUUACCAAGGCCCAUCUGGGAGCCUGAAUGUCACAUAGUAUAAGUGGAAUAACAAACCAGAAGAGAUCCAACAGACAGGCUCGCGUCACCCAGAUCUCUAGCCUCUGUUGUGUCAACUUGAUUCGGUUGGUUGAUGUGGGGUAACUCUCACAAUACUGUUUUCAUAAACACACUUUUAGACAAGCAACAGCAAAAACUGUUUGUGAAUGUCUGAAUCCUAACGUCAAAAUCCUGCAUUGAUAUCAGUGAGAAAAUGUUCUGAAAAUUUGUUGGCCUCACUUUGAUUUUCAGGUUAGGAUUCCUCCCCAGGUUAAGGAGAGUAGUUGAAAGAUGUCAGUGUUCUUGUGAAGCGUGUAACUUGGUAAUUCCAGUCCCCAGAGAGCCCUGUCUAACCCACUGAGCUACUUUAGACCGCUUCCAUGAAAGGCAUGCUAUCAAUACUAUCAUAACAGUCUGAAUGUACAGAUCGCAGCGAUGAUUAACAUUGUGCGAGAUAGAAAACGCAUUCAGAUCUUUUCUCUCCCUGGUGGUGAUGCAGUAGGAGAGUGCCCGUUGCCUCUUCAACACUAGAAAGCAGUAAGUCUUUUAGAAAGCAGCUCUGACAUCCACUGAGUCACCUAUUUUGAACAGGGAUCUCUGGUCUAUUCUAGGAAACAGGUUGACAUCUCGGUCUCAUGUUAGGCAGCGGCAUAGAACAAAAUGUCCACUGCGCCCACUAUCUUUUCACUCAAAAGAUGAGUCUCGUGUAAGAAGAAAUGAUGCAUGAUUUAGCUCUCGUAUAGAAUACAUAUACAGCACUCACAAAUGUGGAUGCAUUGUCCAUGGCCAAUGAAUAGUUUUAAAUGAAAGUUUUUGAUCAGUCAUUUGAGUAGAUAAAGCACAAAUCGCCAUCAUUUUGGUGUGCAUUUACGUAAAAAAAUAUAUAUAUAUAUUUUCUACAAACCCCAACAUGUUUCUCUCAGCCUGUUGGAGAAAGUGUGCAAUUAUUAACUGGACCUGUAAGUGCCGCUGUAGGCUAGAACUAAAGAUUGAAGGUCGAGGCAUCUUUAGAGCUAUGGAGAAUGGUAUAGAAGAUGUGAAGCUGACUGCUGGUUUUACUGUAUGAUUGGGAAGGGAUUGGUGUUAUUGUCUGACCAUUGUUUUGAUCCCAGCCUGUUAUACAGCGUGUGAUGUAUUGUAUGUUUUUUGUAUUCCCCUUAUAUUAAUAGACAUCCUCUCUGUUUGAUGGUGGGUUACACUGUGAGGGUGUAGAGAUCUGUGUAAAUGUCUUAGAUAAAGCGUCACAAGAAAACUCUGAUUUCAUAGCCGUAUGUGAAUGCAUUCAUAAACCUCUGUAAUAUAGAUUUGAACUUUGGUCAGUCAGUGGUGAACCUGGGAUUGACAUGUGGCUUUUGUUUUAAGUCUAAUACUGCUUGUGAACAGCACAACGUACUCUUAUCGACAUAAACAGUAGUGAUAUGCAACGCGUGUGGGUCGAUGCACACAAACGCAUGUCUCUUGGGGAACUAUUCCUUUCUAUUAGCGAAGAAAUGUUUUAAAGUUUGGUCCACAUUUUCUGUGAUCAAUACACUUUGUUUGAAUAUUAUCGCUAUGAAAUAGAAUGAGAGUAAAAAGCUUUUAGAGAUUCCGCUAAAUUAACGAUGUAUUUGUUUAGUAGUGGAGGGCCAGUCUAUGUAUACAGUUAUACAUCUAAAGCUUUAUGUGUAUAUGUAGGGUGUCCACCCACUCUGCUCAGAGUGGGUGAAAACGCGCUUUGGUGAUCAUUUCACUUAUGUUCUAAAAUACAUUUUCCCAAGACAAAUAAGAUUCUUCAUGUUCUGAAUGGAUCAGUGGGGUCUCUCUAACAUAUCAUUAACAUUAUAUCCCAAAAGUCUGAUUUCGUAACCUAAUGCAUCCGGUAAUAAGCACUGAGUUCUGUUGACAUAGCGGUGCAGGUUUCGCAUAACUUUUGAGGAUUUGACAUUUUGUGGUCGUCUUCAAAGUUUCCGCUGGUCGCAUGAAGCUAAAUUGGCAUGAGCUGAAUUAAAUGUAAAAAGCUUUGAAAAUACACUCAUUGCUCUGUUGACAUUUUGGAGAUAACGCUUGUUUUUGUGAGGACUCUUCAAAAAGGAAUAGGAAUUUUGAAUUAAUAUGAAAACCGUGUACUAAAAUAAGAAAGUACUACAUCAUGUCUCAAAUCGAUAUCCAUAUUACCUCUAAUUUAUGUCCUGCGGCUUCGAGGAGGAAGAUGAGUUCAACGGGAAAGUGGGCCUGUCAGGUAACCAGUAGCCUUAAUUCUUGCACAGAAUCCAGCCUAGCUGACACAAUGCAAUUCUCCAGAUUUUUGACCCUGUUUUUUCUCUGGCUUCCAUUGAUUUAGUCACCCUAAUUCUGGCCAUCCUACAAGGGUACACACUCCAAUAACUUUUGAAUGGAUUAUGAUAGAGAUAUGAUGUUUGGACCAUUGGUUUUCUUAGAUGCGUAACAUUGUUUUGCCAAAUGGUCAAAAUAUGCGUUUUUGAUUGGACACCCCAGGUAUAUGGCUGCAUCUUCUGUGUCUGUCCUGGAUGAUUCCUGUGCUCUGUCCUACAGUACUGAUGUGACACUAGAGGAGCUGCAGUACUUUGAUCUAUACCUGUCCCUCUUUAACCCCUGACCCACUGUUUGCCCUUUACCCAUAGCGUGAAGCAUUGUAAGCAUUUUAAGCUUUGUAUAGGUCAUUUUUUGAAUACAUAUUUUGUGUAUAAUGAAAAAAUACUGAAGUUCAUACUUUGGCCCCAAAAAAACAAAACAAUUUGUGUCAUGUAAUUAUAGCUUCAUUUAAAGAAAUGGUGAAAUAUAAAAAUAACAAACAUUUACUAUAAAUAAAUGAAAUGUUCUGCAGUAAGGAAGUACUUUUGGUGCCUUUACAAAUAAAGUCAAUCAAAUCA